UGUCAAAUGUCAAGAAUUUUAUGAACUGUUAUUAAGUUACACAUAACUUGUUAUAAUUUUAUAAUAAUUACAGGAGUCGGUGGAAAAGAAUGUUACUACAACGAAGAAUAGUAACUAUUGAAUGGCAACUGACUCGAACACGAGUAAUAAUACUUUAGAGGAGUGAUGAGCAUUAGCUCUUCGCGUUGAAGUUUUUUAUCGAAAUACAUUCCAUUUAGAGAAUGAAAUCGCACUUGGUACUGGUUGAAAGAGAAGACAAAGUCCAAAACACAGUUUUAGCAUGUUCGGGUUUGAUGUUGAAUGACGAUUACGUCAUAAUAACAGCGAACAUCCUUUUUGAUCAAUGGCCACAAACAGUUCUCCAAGAAUUACAACCGGGAAAAUUAACGACGAACUUUCCAGAGAGCGAUAUUUCCUUAAAUGUUGUAUCGAAACAGGAAAAGUUGUACACUGUGAGAAAGGCAAAAAUUUUAUCAGCAUUUAUCUCUGACAACAUCAAAAACUCUAACAAAUAUGUUUUCCAAAACUGGGCCAUAGAUUCUAUAGACAAUAACAGGAAUAUAAGCGAAGUUAUGUCCUUAUUUUUUGUACUAGUUCUUAGAGAAGGAGCAGGUAUUGAAGGUUUUAAAAAAGUCCUAAAAGAAUGGUGGAAUUUGGUUAUUACCUUGGAUGUUAACAAGGGAACUACAAUUUAUACUAGGUCUGUCCCAUUUGCGAAUAGGAAUUUUAUGGACUCUGUGUCCAAAGGUAUUGUUUCUAAUAUUUUCGGUAAUUCGUCCUGCCUUAUCCUCAGCGAUUGCCCGUGCACUCCUGGAGGGGAAGGAAGUCCUGUGUACCUUUGUGAUAGUAGUCAUAACCCUUCAAACGAGAAAGUUCCUAUAGGACUUGUAUUAUCAAGUAUCAGCUGGUGGAGAGGAGAAUGGGUCGGACUAACACUAAUGGCCGAUAUAAAACCAAUUAUUUUAGAACUAGUAGAUAUUCCUGUAAGAAUGUUCGAUACCAUUCGAAGCUUGGAAAAACCUAGAGUGAUCGCCUCUCUUGAAUGUUGUCUGGUGCAGAUUUACAGCGGAAAACGUUGGGGCACCGCCGUUUUGCUCAGUGAAGAAAAAGGAAUCUUUAUCACUAAUUCUCAUGUUGUAGGAGAUGCGAAAGUGUCCCUUUUUCAUAAAGGACAAAGCUGUGAUGCACAUUCGAUAUAUCGAACACCACAGGGUGAGGUUUUUGAUUUAGCACUUGUGAAAUCUGACCCAACAGACAUUCUGGAAAGAUUUCAAUUAAAAUCCGUUUCUAUUUCGAGAAAAAAUCACAAAUCAGGAGAUACAGUAUAUUCCGCGGGAUACUCGUUAUUCCCAAGGGAAUGCAAUCCCUCCCCUACACUAUCCAAGGGCUGUAUCAGUCAAAUCAACCCUUCCAUGAUAAAGACCACAUGUUGCGUCCAUCCUGGGUCAAGUGGUGGUGCCGUACUGGACCAAGAUGGUGCUCUUCUGGGGAUAAUCGUGUGUAACGCCAAACUGGAGAAUAAUAACAUGGUGUACCCGAGAGUGAAUAUGGCCAUACCAUUCUUAGCGAUAUAUAAAACAGUGUCUGAUUUCAUUGAAAGAGAAGGUACUUUUUUUACAGAUCCCACAAUUUUAAAUAAUUUACAUCUGAAGAACAAAGAGGCGGAGAUUAUUUGGAAGAGAAUCGAGGGAAAAUUAUAAUUUGGAUUUCCCAUUUCUGUUGAAAAGUUAUAAGAUAUGACCAACUACGUGGAGCAAAAACCGACUGUCUAAUUUUGGGAUCUAAUCGUUUACUAAUUGGAGACAAUCCUAAUGAUAUUCUUCUUUUAAAUGUAGUGUGUUGGUACAUUUUUGUUAAUAUAUUUUUAGUAAAAUUA